AUGGCAGCUCUGGAGAUCAGCAACAAAGAUAUCUCGCUCAAGAAACAGGUGAUAGAAGAAAAUGGCUUUGGAGAAUCAGCAGUGAACACAGACUUAACUCAGAACGAACAGAAGAAGGGCCCCGUCGAUGAAAAUGGAAGCCUUGUAAUCAAAAGCAAUUCUGGAGGGUGGAAGCCUGCAUUUCUGUUACUGGCAAACCAAGGUCUGGCAACGCUUGCUUUCUUUGGCGUGGGUGUAAACUUAGUUUUGUUCUUGACAAGGGUUCUUCAGCAAGACAAUGCCAAUGCCGCGAACAAUGUUAGCAAGUGGACUGGAACUGUUUACAUGUGUUCCUUGAUCGGCGCGUUCCUCAGUGAUUCAUACUGGGGCAGAUACUUAACCUGUGCAAUCUUUCAGUUGAUAUUUGUGCUGGGACUGGUACUGCUAUCACUAUCGUCUUGGCUGUUCCUGAUCAAACCAGAUGGUUGUGGAGAUGGAGUAAUUGAUUGCAGGCCAGCAUCUUCGGCUGGCGUCGCCAUCUUCUAUUUAUCAAUUUACCUGGUUGCCUUUGGAUACGGCGGUCACCAACCCACGAUAGCCACUCUGGGAUCCGACCAGAUCGACGAGCACGCAAAAGCAGCCUUCUUUUGCUAUUUUUAUUUCGCUUUGAACGUGGGUUCUUUGUUCUCCAACACCAUCUUAGUCUACUUCGAGGACUCAGGCAAAUGGACGCUGGGGUUCUUAGCGUCCGCAGGCUCUGCAGUUCUAGCCCUUAUCCUCUUCUUGAUUGGAACACCCAAGUAUAGGUUUUUUAAGCCAUGUGGCAACCCAUUGCCACGUGUUGCCCAGGUAUUUGUUGCAACUUUCAGGAAAUGGGAUGUAACUGUCCCUGCAGAUUCUGAGAAAUUGUAUGAGUUGGAAGGUUCAGAAUCUGCAAUUAAAGGGAGCAGAAAGAUCAUGCACAGUAAUGAAUUCGGGUUCUUGGACAAGGCAGCAACCAAGACCCAGAAUGAUUUGCAUGGAACUAACGACCCAUGGAGGCUCUGCACAGUGACUCAGGUAGAAGAGGCCAAAUGCGUCCUUAAGAUGCUGCCUAUAUGGCUCUGCACCAUCAUAUAUUCCGUCGUCUUCACCCAGAUGGCUUCGCUCUUUGUUGAGCAAGGAGUCGUUAUGAAUUCCAGCACCGGCGACUUCCGGCUUCCCGCAGCAAGCAUGUCUGCUUUCGACAUCUGCAGCGUUCUAGUUUUCACCGGCAUAUACCGUCAAAUCCUCGUGCCCGUCGCUGGCAGACUAACAGGCAAUCCCAAAGGUCUGUCUGAGCUCCAACGAAUGGGUGUAGGACUCAUAAUCGGAAUGCUAGCCAUGGUGGCUGCUGGAAUCACCGAGAUCGAAAGACUUAGAAGGGUUACCCCUGGAUACGAGUCAAGUUCGCUAAUCAUAUUUUGGCAGAUACCACAGUACACUCUGGUAGGAGCCUCGGAGGUGUUCAUGUAUGUGGGUCAGCUGGAAUUCUUCAAUGGGCAAGCCCCAGAUGGAAUUAAGAGCUUCGGGAGCUCACUUUGCAUGGCUUCCAUCUCCCUCGGAAACUAUGUCAGUAGCUUGUUGGUUAACAUGGUGAUGGGGAUUACAGCCAGGAAUAACAAGCCGGGAUGGAUCCCUGGGAACCUCAAUUCCGGUCAUAUGGACAGGUUCUACUUUCUCCUUGCUGGGCUAACAGUAAUUGAUUUCGGGAUAUACUUGUAUUGUGCUAAGUGGUAUAAGUGCAUCAAGCUUGAGGGCGAUGUGGAAGCCAUUGAGGUGGAAGGACAAGCAGAUGAUGUGCUUCGAAAAGUCUAACCAGACUUUGAGUCUUGAGUGUUACAGAUGGGAAAAUGACUGUUUAUAUAUUUAUAAUUGGCAAGCCAUUUCAACUCUCCUAUCUUUGGCUUUCUUUUCUGGAAUAGUCCAAAGAAUGGUACAAAUUAGUAGCUGACCAAGGAGUUACCUCAGUGGUGAAUCAUGAUCACCUGGUGAUGUUCAUUUGUUUUGAUAUUGCAUAUAGAAAGACAGCCAUUUCCCUUCUUGGUACUCAAGAAAUUGAUGAAUACCUGUCCAUAUGUAUUUAUUAAUCAUAAAGAGAGAAGCAUGACCUUUCAGAAUAGAUUUGUAAGGAAUGAUUGCUUCUUCUAUUUUAAGGCAGAGGAGUUGAUUUAGGGCCAAUAUAGGAUUUGGCUACAUCUUAUGUUAAUGC